UAGGGUACCAUGUGGUUAGGCUCCGGUGGGCAUGAUUGGUGUGCCUGUCCAUGGUGGAUCACUUCAGUGUGUGGAUAGGGGAUAUGAGAUGUGUACACGUUCAGAUCCCAGAAUUAUUAUUAAUGACUCCCAAGUCUCCGAAAAACUCGGCGGGACUCCACCAAGGAGAUUGAACUUGCACACGGCCAUACUACUUAUUAUCGAUGCUUGCUAUCGUUGAUGCAUACUGAUUGCUCUUGUUGCCCUGAUUUCUUGCCCCUGGUUGACCGUCGCCAUGGUGUUGCGAGACACCCUGCUGUCGUGGGUAUCGGCAGAUCCUUUCGUCCCGUUCAAAACCAUCACGACCCUAACGGUGAUCGUCGUUGCCGUUCUUGCCUUUACCUAUCUCAUCUUGAAUGCUCGAGAUGCACCAUCACUCCCUCGAGAUCAACUCUCUCCGCCUGAGCUGCUCGGGCCGGCCGGGAAAAUCACACACACCUUCUUUGACAACCAAUUUGAUUUUCUGGCCGACGGGUUCCGAACCACUGCAUCUGCAGUUUUUCGGUUCCGGCUGUUCCACAAUGAAGUCAUGGCGGUCUCGGGCGAGGAGGCGCGGCAGACCUUUUUUCGCGAAAAGGCCCUGAAUCUAUAUCAAGGAUUUCAGGUGCUGAUCGGCACGAUCCCGACUGGUCUCGACCCCCAUGCGCUCAGCGGUAUCUAUAAGCGUUUGAACGUUUUGCAGCGUCCGGAUAACCUCCAGUUCCUCCUGCCUCGAUUACUGUUGGAUUGCCAUCGUAAGAUGGACUCCUGGGGGAAUGAGGGUCUAUUGGACCCAACCUCGACCGUACAUGAUGUUACUUUUCAAAUGAUCGUCCGCGCAGUCUCGUCGUUUGACGUUGCCGAUAACGCCGCGCUCGUAGCCCGUCUGAAGAAAUUCUACGACAUCAUUGAUGCUUCUGUGAAGCCUCUCACCACGAAUCUUGCAUGGGUGCCUGGGUUUGCCACGUUCCGCAAGGUGUGGGCUUCCAUGAAUGUCUACCGGAUUUUCUCCAAGGCCCUGGAGGAGAGGAAGAGCAGUGGGAUAAAGAGAGAGGAUGCUUUGCAGCAGCUCUUGGACUCGGGAGAGAGUUCCAAAUGUAUUGUGGGGUUCAUGAUGGGACUUCCAAUUGCUGGAGCGCGUUCGACCGGAACAAUUGGCACCUGGCUCCUCCUCUUCCUUUCUCACGAACACGAAUGGCUCGCCGCCGUCCGCAAAGAAAUCGAAACCCUGAUCUCCACCUACACCACGGACCCAUUGCCUACAUUCUCCCCGCAAUCGAUCGUGGACGUUCUCUCCCGCAUCCCUCUUUCGGCCUGGGAAUCCCAAACGCCCAACCUCGACCUCUGCAUCCGCGAGACCCUCCGUCGCGCACAGCCCCACACCGCCGUGCGCAAAAACACCGGCCCCGACAUCAAACUCGGCUCCUACACGAUCCCCUCCGGAUCCUUCGUCCUCUACCCCUUCGCCGACACCUUUUUCGACGCCUCCGUCUACUCCGAGCCCUUCCGAUGGAACCCGGCCCGCAGCCUGGCCAAAGAACAACUGUUCCUCGGCUGGGGCGGCGGCACCCACAUGUGCAAAGGGCAGCGUCUCGCCAGUCUGACCAUGAAACUCGUGGUCGCCUACGCGUGCUUACGCUUCAAGCUGGACCUGGUGAACCACCUCGGCCAACCAAUCUCGGAACCGCCGGUUCCCGAUAUGAACGACUUCCUGACCUGUCAACCGAAGAACGAUUGCACGAUCAAAUUCUCGGAACGACCGGACUGGACCGAUUCACGUGCUUGAUGACAGUAGCUGGGUGGUUGAUUGAUUGAUUGAUUCCUACUUAAUUAAUGUUCUAGUAUAUACUACAGUAUGGCGAUACGGAAACGGAGCGGAAUAAUACCCUAGUCAUGUUUAACUUCAGAGUACUCCGUAUAGUUAUUAAU